AUGGGCAAAUCGUUUAAUGGCAUAAGUUCGGCGAUUGGUGAAAAUGUGGGAAGGAUUGGUGAACAAAUUGGUGGAUCGAUUGGUGCAAUUGCGGACAAAUCGUAUGGUGAAAGUGUGAAGAUUGCUCAGAAUAUUGGAGAUGGUUUGAGGAUGUAUCCGAUGGCGGCAAGGGAGAUUUUAAAUGGCUUGAGGUGUGCGAAUAUUUGA